AUGGCGUCACUUGAUACAUCGAAGACAAAUACAUCACCAACAAUAAUAACAGGUACUCUUCUAUCAACAGUAUUCUCGGGUCGAUGGAAUGAGAAAUUGGUCAAAGAGGCUGAUGGUGCCUAUUUUUUUGAUUAUGAUCCUGUGCUAUUUAAACAUCUAAUAAAUCAGUUACGUUAUUGGUCAUUAAAUCCAUUGGUAACACGAGUUUUUUCUCCACCCAGUGGUAAUCAAAAUGAAUUCAUCAGUUUUGUUCGUUGUUUAAAAUUUGCUGAAAGAUUUUUGAGUGAUACUUUUUCAGAAAAAGAGAAUUCAAAUGUUAAAAUUGUUGAUAAUCAACGUUUAUGUGUUAAAAUUGGAGAAGAUCAACAUUGUGCUUAUGUUACCGGUACUCUUCUUUAUUUUCAAGGAAAACAUUUUAUAAAAUUAGUGACUUCAUUAACAAAACAAAUUGGAUUUAUUGGUAUUCGACCAGCCAAUAUUCCAAUUCAAGUUAAAUCAACUAAAACGUAUCUUCCAAUUUCCGAUACAUUUGGUAUAGAUAAUAAUUGUUUAGUUAUUGAUGGACACUGUAUUACUAUGGGAACGUCAUGGGUAACAGGUUGUCUGUCUAAUACUUUUGUUAUUGAACUCGAUUGUGAUGCUCGUACAAUGCAUAUCAAAAGAGAUCAAUAUUAUAGUCAGAUUGAUCACGGGUUUGUUCGAUUUAUUGAUUUAACAUCAGCCCAAUUGCCAUGGCAACUUUUUAUCGUAUUAAAAAACAAACAUGAUUAUGUUCGUCUUCUAUUGUGA